AUGCCCGGCCAAAAAGAGCAGCUCAGGACCUGGUGGAAGGAGAGCUCCGUCUACCAGAUCUACCCGGCGUCCUUUCAGGAUUCCAAUGGGGAUGGUGUCGGAGAUCUCAAAGGCAUAAUCUCGCGGGUGGACUACCUCAAAGAGCUCGGUGUAGAUAUUGUGUGGCUGUCUCCCAUCUUCAAGAGCCCUCAGAUUGACAUGGGUUACGAUGUUAGUGACUACCGCGCAAUUCACCCGCCGUAUGGCGAUAUUUCCGACGUCGAUACCCUCAAGGAUAAGCUCCACGAACGUGGAAUGAAGCUCGUCCUGGAUUUGGUCAUGAACCACACCAGUGAUCAGCACGAAUGGUUCAAAGAGUCCCGCAAGUCCAAGGACAACCCGUAUCGUGACUGGUACAUCUGGCGUCCGCCGCGCUACGAUGUCCAGGGUAAUAGACAGCCACCGAACAACUGGGACAGCCAUUUCCAGGGAAGUGCCUGGGAAUACGACGAGGCGACAGACGAAUACUAUCUGCGCCUCUUUGCCCGCGAGCAGCCCGACCUCAAUUGGGAGAAUCCCGACGUGCGCAAGGCGUGCCACGACACCACCCGCUUCUGGCUCGACCGCGGCGCCGACGGCUUCCGUAUCGACGUCAUCAACUUCAUCAGCAAGGACCAGCGAUUCCCCGACUCGGAUAAAAAGGUCCUCAAGGGCACCGAGUACUAUGCCUGCGGUCCACGCCUCCACGAAUACCUCAAAGAGCUGGGUGCCAUUCUCAAAGAAUACGACGCCUUUAGCGUGGGCGAGAUGCCGUGCGUUCAGGACGAAAAGGAGCUUAUCAAAGCUGUUGGCGCUGACCGCGGCGAGCUGAGCAUGAUCUUCCAUUUUGAAUUUAUGGAGCUUGACCACGGUGUCGACGGCAAAUUCACGCCCAGAGAAUUCUCUCUCGGCGAGUUGAGAAAGACGGUCAACAAAUGGCAGCGCAUCAUGUACGACAACAAUGGCUGGAACGCUCUGUAUCUUGAAAACCACGACCAGCCGCGCGCCAUUAGCCGCUUCGCCAGCGACGCUCCCGAGCACCGUGUGGCCAGCUCCAAGCUGAUUGCCAUCUUCAUGGCGUUCCAGGCCGGCACGCCAUUCGUCUACCAAGGACAGGAGAUUGGCAUGUCCAACGUGCCCAAGGAUUGGCCCAUUGAAGAAUACCAGGACAUUGACUGCCUCAACCACUGGAAUCUUCACAAGGAUUCGGCCGACGAAAAGACCAAGGCCGCUUACAAGGUCGAGUACCAGAAAAAGUCGCGCGACAAUGCCCGCACGCCGAUGCAGUGGGACGACACCCCCCACGGCGGCUUCAGCACCGCCAAGCCGUGGAUGCGCGUCCACGACAACUACCCGCAGGUCAAUGCCGCCUCGCAGGUCCAGAGCCCCGACUCGGUCUACAGCGCGUACCGCGAGGUGCUGCGCAAGCGCAAGGCCCACAAGGACAUCUUUGUCUACGGCGACUUUGCCGUCGUCGACGAGAGCCACGACAAGGUGCUGGCGUACAAGCGCACCGCCAGCAGCGGCGACGCGGCGCUCGUGGUCUGCAACUUUUCCGCCGACGCGGUGACAUGGAAGUUUGCCGGCACGCCGCGCGAGAUUCUCGUUUCGCCGACGGGCAAGACGACGUCCGACGUCGCCAACAGCCAAGUCGAGCUGGGUCCGUACGAAGCCAUUGCCCUGCUGCUGUAA